UAUAUCCUGUCAAAUGAAAACAGAAAAUUCAGAAAGAAAAUAUGGCAGAAGAAAACAAUUCGCAAAAGAGAGAAGAAUUUAAGAAAAAACACAAACGUAUACCAAACAAAAAUUAUGCUGUUAAAAAGAGGCUUCCACUUCGGCCUGUUGAUGGCGAAAAUGUGAUAUUUAUUACGAAGAAAACCAAUUUUAAGGCUCAAUUGGAGAAGUGUUGCGAUCUUCUUACUAAAGGUGAAAAAGAAAUAAUACUACACGGCUUAGGAGCUGCUAUCCAACGGUGUUGUAACUUAGCUUUACAACUGGAAAUACUGUUCUCUGGUACUUGUCAAUUAGAAGUUAAUACAGGCACAGUAGACUUAGUUGAUGAUUUGGAGCCUCUGAUUGAUGAUCUGGAUUUUGGAACUCAAGUCAGACACACAUCGUCAGUUCACAUAAGAGUUUUUAGAAGUGCUAUGCUUGGAGCCAACCAGUAAACUAAAAUGUUUUUUACACUUAAUGAAAUAGUGCAGUGGAUAGGACUUACGGUUUUUGAAAUCUGGAUAAACUUAAUAACUAUAACAAUAUUUUCAGUGCUUUUAACAUUAAAAAUAGAUGGUAUUGUGAAUAGUGCAUGGUGGACAAUAUUUGCCCCAUUAUUUGUUAGUGAUGCAAUGAAUGCAUACUUUUGCUGUAUUGUUUGUAUAAGAAUGAAUUUAGAGAACUCUUACAAAGCCUCACUGUAUAGAGCCUCUUGGAGUGGAA